AUGUCUAUGAUCCAACGGAACGGCCGCGGCAGCCUGGCUGUGCCGGCAACAACAACCCCUUCAGCGGGCGGGCCUCGACGAGCCUCUGCCCCCUCUGCUCCCAUCGACCCCGCGAGCCUUGCUGCACAUGCAAAAGCAGGAUGGUACCGCCGAACGGUGCACAAGGAGGCCGACGCCGACCUUGACCUCCUGACACUGUUUGUGAGCGAGGGGCACGACCCGUCCGACGCGGGGCGCAUGCUCCGGCUCAACGAGAACGACGAGCACCUCUCCCGCCUAGCACUGGAGCACGUGGCUCACGUCAAGAAGGGAGACAAGUUCAAGCCCUUGUAUUGCCCCGUGUGUGACGGGCGCGAGGUCGAGGCCGCUGCGAUUCGAGCCAAGGCCGCGCGCGUCGUCCAUGGCGGCAAUUCCGCUGCGCCGAUGGCUGCAGUCGCUGGAGUUGCAGUUGUUGGGAUCGGCCUGUAG